AUGCUAGAUCCUUCGUCCAGCGAAGAAGAAUCGGAAAAUGAUACUCUUGAGGAUGAAAAUUCGGACGUUCUCAGUUUGCCUAGUGCUGAGCAAAGGAGUUUAUCAGCAAGUGGGGAUAACUUGAGUGUAGUAGGGGGGCAUUCUAGAUCCAACAGUAUUAGACCUUCAAGUCCCAGUCCUUCAUUAAUUAGUGAUCGUGAAAAAAUCGAAGAUGUUGAAAAAUUGGAACGAGAGGAAGAAGAAAGAAAAAAAAGAUUGCAACUUUAUGUAUUUGUUAUGCGAUGCAUCGCAUAUCCGUUCAAUGCAAAACAACCAACGGAUAUGGCACGGCGUCAAACUAAGGUCACAAAACAACAGUUACAAACAAUAAAGGAACGCUUCAAUUCCUUUUUGAAUGGCGAAACGCAAAUUGUCGCCGAUGAGGCUUUUAUAAAUGCAGUGCAAAGCUAUUAUGAAGUCUUCUUAAAAAGUGAUAGAGUAGCAAACAUGGUGCGUAGUGGAGGGUGUUCCUCUAAUGACUUUCGUGAAGUUUUUAAAAAUAAUAUCGAAAAACGUGUGCGUAGUUUACCUGAAAUUGAUGGAUUAAGUAAGGAAACUGUGUUAAGUUCUUGGAUGGCAAAAUUUGAUGCAAUUUAUCGAGGGGAAGAAGACCCACGAAAACAACCUCAAAGGAUGACAACCGCAGCAUCUGAGUUAAUUCUUAGCAAAGAACAAUUAUAUGAGAUGUUUCAGAACAUUUUAAAUGUGAAAAAAUAUGAACAUCAAAUUCUCUAUAAUGCUUGUCAGUUGGAUAAUGCGGAUGAACAGGCUGCUCAAGUUAGAAGAGAAUUAGAUAACAGAUUACAACAAGUUGAGCUCAUGGCUAGGACACGCCGUCAUCCAAAAUUUGUUGUGAAAGAGAUGGAAAGUAUGUAUAUUGAUGAAUUAAAAGCUUCUAUUAAUAUGUUAAUGGCUAAUCUAGAAAGUUUACCAGUAUCAAAAGGUGGAGCUGAUUCGAAAUAUUCUCUACAGAAACUGAAACGAUAUAACAGGGCUCAACACUCAUCUCUAUCUAAAAUAGAUAUCAAUGAUACAGAUACUGACCCUGGUCUAUCAAAAUUAGAUGUUGUCCUGUCUUUUACCUUGGAGGUACAUGUGAUAGAAGUGAAGGGAAUUAGAACAUUAGCUAGUAAUAAAAUAGUUUAUUGUACAAUGGAAGUUGAGGGGGGUGAAAAAUUACAAACUGACCAGGCUGAGGCUUCUAAACCAUGUUGGGAUACUCAAGGUGAUUUUACAACCACUCACCCUCUACCAGUUGUUAAAGUAAAAUUAUUUACAGAAAGUUCUGGCAUGUUGAGUCUAGAAGAUAAAGAAUUAGGAAAGGUUGUGAUAAGACCUACAUGUAACAGUGGACGCAUACCAGAAUGGUUUAAAAUGACCACAACUAAAAACUGUCCUGAUGAAUUGAAGAUUAAGAUAGCUGUAAGAAUAGACAAACCUAAUAAUCUCAAACAUUGUGGAAAUUUAUAUGCACUUGGUAAAACUGUAUGGAAGAAAUGGAAAAAACGAUACUUUGUUCUUGUACAAGUAUCACAAUAUACGUUUGCUAUGUGUAGCUACAGAGAAAAGAAACCAGAUCCAACAGAAAUGAUGCAACUUGAUGGAUUUACUGUGGACUAUUGUGAACCAUUACCAGAGUUAGAAGGUGGUCGAUAUUUCUUCAACUUAGUUAAAGAAGGUGAUAAUGUAACAUUUGCUACUGAAGAUGAUUCUGAGAGAGCAUUGUGGGUACAGGCUAUCUAUCGAGCUACAGGACAAACACAUAAACCCGUACCACCAGUAGUUCAAACCAAUAAAAUAAGUAAUACCCAAAUAUCUAGGAUGCAAGGAGAUGCUGACCGAGCUAGAAAACAUGGAUUAGAUGAGUUUGUUCAAGCUAACCCAUGUAAUUUUGAACAUCAUGAAUUAUUUCAACUUUUACAAACAUUAACAUUAGAUUACAGGCUAAAUGAUGCUUAUACAUGUCUGGGUUGGUUUAGUCCUGGUCAAGUUUUUGUAUUAGAUGAAUACUGUGCCAGAUAUGGUAAUCGUGGUUGUCAUCGUCAUCUAUGUUAUUUAAAUGAUUUAUUAGAACGAGCUGAACGGGGUAUUAUGAUUGAUCCAACACUGAUACAUUACAGCUUUGCCUUUUGUGCCUCGCAUGUCCACGGAAACAGACCUGAUGGAAUUGGAACUGUCUUAUUACAAGAAAGAGAGAAAUUUGAUGAAAUUAAAGAAAGAUUACGAAUUUUACUAGAAAACCAGAUCACACAUUUUAGAUAUUGUUUUCCAUUUGGUCGACCUGAUGGAGCAUUGAAGGCUACGUUAUCUCUAUUAGAACGGGUUUUAAUGAAAGAUAUUGUUACACCAGUACCACCAGAGGAAGUACGUCUGGUCAUUAAAAAAUGUCUGGAAAAUGCAGCUCUAGUCAACUAUACUCGCAUUUCAGAAUACGCUAAAAUUGAAGAUAGUUUAUGUGAUAAUACACCCCCUAAGAAGAAACUAGAUGAUAUCAUGAGACUUGCUGAACUGUGUAUUGAGGUUUUACAACAGAAUGAAGAGCACCAUGCAGAGGCAUUUGCAUGGUUCAGUGAUCUGUUGGUGGAACAUGCUGAAAUAUUCUGGUCAUUAUUUGGAGUGGAUAUGAAUGCUGUCUUAGAAUCUCAGCCUCCUGAUACCUGGGAUAGUUUCCCUCUCUUCCAGUUACUCAAUGAUUAUCUCCGUGUUGAUGAAAAUUUAUGCAAUGGUCGAUUUCAUCAGCACUUACGAGAUGUAUUUGCUCCUCAAGUUGUUCGUUAUGUUGAUUUAAUGGAGUCCUCUAUAGCACAAUCUAUUCAUAAAGGUUUUGAGAAGGAGAAAUGGGAACCUCAGGGAUUAUUAGUAUUUGAUAGAUUUACACAUAUAGUUAGAUCUAAGACAAUAAACUGGGAGUGUGCUUAUAAGCUGUGCACAAAUGGUUGUUCAACAUCAGAAGAUAUGUUAUGGAAGUUAGAUGCUUUACAAGCCUUUAUUCGUGAGCUCCAUUGGCCUGAGGAGGUGUUUGCUGAUCAUCUGGACCAUAGAUUAAAAUUAAUGGCUGCGGACAUGAUAGAAGCAGCUGCUAAAAGAACAUUAAAGUCAUUUGAAAGUAGUUUAAGAAAGGGUAGUAAAGGAUCUGAUUAUAUAGCACCAAGUGAAAUCUGCACUAUGAUGAAUGUUAUUAUUGACUGUAAAAACAAGGCUUUACAUCUUUGUGCCUUGGACAGUGGUCAAAAUAUGCAUCAAUAUCAUACUAAUCUAGAUGAGUUUUUAGAGAGGGUACAGAUACAAAUGGUCAAAUGUCUAGUCGAAAAGUUAUUAUCAGUAUUAGAAAGUGUGUUGAGUAAACUAGCAAGAUAUGAUGAGGGAACAUUCUUUGCUUCUAUCUUAUCUUUAACAGUAAUUAAAAAUGCUUUCAACUCUAGAAUCUCUUCAGAUAAACCAGUGAAUGAACUAGGAAAAGCCUAUGUUGAGUUUAUGAGAUGUAACCUGGAUGUAAUGAGACAGAAGAUAACUGAUGAACUCUAUACAUUAUCAAUGUUUGAAGAAUGGUAUACAGGACAGAUGAAGAUGAUUGGUGAUUGGUUAACUGAUAGAUUAGAUUUAUCUUUACAUCCGUAUCAACUAAAAUGUCUCAUGAAUAUCAAUAGGAAAUGUUACAGUGAUUUUGAGUUGCAAGGUGUACCAGAGAAUAUAUUAAAUAGUAAAACUUACCAAACAAUCUGUAGUAGACUACAGGUUGAAGAAGCUACGCAGUCAGUGACUCAAUCAGAGAGUGGUAGUAGGUUUCUUGGUAAAGUUUCUAGUAAUCAGAGUGAUGAUGAUUCUGAUUAA